GUUGAUCCGUAUUUGCUUCCGUACCCGUUCGCUGUUACCCCACUUCCCCAUGUAUAAGUAACCUCAGACCGAGCAAAAGUUGCCCUGAUCGCCUUUCUUACCUUCUCUAAAUGCUCAAUUUUCAUGUUCUUCAGGCAUCUCAGCGUUUUCCGAGAUCCGUUCACCAAAGCUAAGAAGCGUAUACGCAACAUCCUUCGAGCCCCCAUGACGGACAAUCUCAAGGUCAUUGGAGGUCCAGAAAACUUUUGGUUGUACUCCGAGACUGAAGGCUAUGACAUUACACACCACCUGACGCCCGAUGCUCCCAAAGUCUACCCACGCAUGACAUUGCAGACUCAGGAGUCUUGUGUCGUGAUUGAUCCUACCAAGACUGCGCUGGCAGUCAUCGACCUCCAAAACUACUUCUUGUCACCCGCGCUUGGUCGACCAUCCGAGAGCCUGGGUUUACAGGUGGCUAAGAAACUCAAGGAACAGGCACUUCCGCUGGCAUUCAUUCCUCCACCUUUUCGCAGAAUAAGGAGAGAAGACAGGCUUCAUCAAGAAGUUGGCGCCAGGAGGACGGAUACCGGUAGUAGCGCUUUUACGUUGACUGUGGUGCGGGUGAAGUAG